UUAUUCUGGAUACAAAUGAGUUUACUGAUAUUCCAAUAACAGUAUCAGAUUUUCGUAAAUUGAUACAUUUAGAUUUAAGAAAAAACAAAAUAGAAUAUAUACACAAGUACUCGAUGGAUGAUAUCGAUAAGGCGGUGAGCGACGGGUGCAAUUUGACAAUUUUUCUAACUGGAAACCCACUUAAAUGCAACUGUGACACUGUAGAUUUUAUCGAAUGGUUAUUUAAAACAAAUGUUAAACUUGAUGCAGAAAGAAAUUAUCCAUGUGUUGAUACGGAUGGAUUAGCUCGGACGACUAAAAUGGCGUAUUCUAAGCUUCGUGAAACAAAGUUAAACUGCAUUUCAACUACAUACCUGACAAUAUCUAUAAUAUUAUCAUCAAGUGUCGUUAUAUUUGUAAUAAUGGCGUCAUGGUUUUGUAAAUACAGAAUAGCACUAAAAUAUUGGUAUUACAACAUUCGGUGGAAGUAUCGGUUAUAUAAAGACAUUAACACUCGAACUAACUUUACGUAUGAUGUAUUUAUUGGUUAUCAUCACACUGACCAAAAGUUUUUGUCGGAUAAAGUGGUUGCUUUUCUUGAGAAAGAGAAGGGCCUUAAGCUCUGUCUUCAUCAACGUGAUUUUCUUGCUGGACUUUAUAUCGCUGAUAAUAUCAUAAGUGCAAUCAAAGAUAGUCGAAAAGUUCUUUUUAUAAUGACAAACAAUUAUCUGAAAAGUAAAUGGGGGAAAUUUGAAUUCGACAUGGCACGUAUGCAAAUGUAUCAAGAAAAUCUUGAGCCGCUAAUUGUAAUAUUGCUAGAAGAUAUUCCACCAUCGGACAUGCCCAGUGACCUGCUAGAUAUUUGGGAACGGAUAACAUGUAUAGAAGCAGAUGAUAUCGUUCGUGAAUCUACUCAAGCGUUCAGUGGUCACCAGUUUUGGGAAAAACUAUACUUAGCCGUGAAACCGUAACA